AUGGCAACCAUGGAUUAUGAGCAGGAGAAUGGUCGCUACGACAAUGAUGAGCCACGCUACGAACGUGACCGAAGCGCUUCACCUCGCCCAAAGCGUGAUGAUGAUUACCCCAUGAAGCGUGAGGACAACUAUCGCGGAGGGCGUGAUAGGAGCGCCUCUCCGAAUGGCCGUAUGGACUCUCGUGGUCCCCCUCCUGAGCGCAACCAAGAUGAUCGCGAGUCAGGCGCCCGCAACCCAGGCUCAAAUCUGUUCGUCACUGGCAUUCAUCCUCGUCUCUCUGAAGCAGAAGUUUCUCGUCUUUUCGAGAAAUAUGGCAACGUCGAAGGUUGUUCGAUCAUGAAGGACCCGCAUACCCAAGAGUCUCGUGGAUUCGGAUUCGUCAAAAUGGUUACUGCAGAGGAGGCCGAUGCUGCCAAGGAGGGACUUCAGGGUGAGAAUAUCGAAGGUCGGACUCUAAGCAUUGAGAAAGCUAGGCGUGCUCGUCCUAGGACUCCCACUCCUGGAAAGUACUUUGGCCCGCCAAAGCGAGAAGAGGACUUCCGUGGUCCACCACGUGGUGGCCGCUUCGAUCGCUUCGAUGAUCGUCGUGGUGGUGGUGGAUACCGUGGAUAUGGCGGUGGCCGUUACGAUGACAGCUAUCGUGGAUCUUCUCGCUACGAUGAUCGUGAGCGUCGCUCGUAUGGACGUCGUGAUGACUACGGCUCUCGAGGAAUUGACAGGUAUGCAUCAGGCGGGCGCGAUGAUCGUUACAGCAGUAGCCGCGGUGAUGACUACCGUGGUGGCAAUGAUUCUUAUGCCGGUCGAGAUGGUGGGCGUUCUCAUGCUGCGUACGGCGAUGCUCCCUCAAGAGAGACUCGGGACUCGUACGGUGGAGGUGCGGAGCGCUCUGCCAAAUAA